AUGCCUAAGCGUCGACAACGACCACUGACAGCUCCUCAACUACAAUCACUAUCACGAAAUCGAACAGUCACACCAUCUUCACCAUUAUUAUUACGAAAACCGAAACCCAUUCGUCGACCUCCAUCACCUCAAUUGCCUCUCAAAGUCACCAACAUUAUCAUCAAAGAUGAUGAAGCCAUCAUUGAGAUGCAACCAACAUCACAUAAACCUGAUUAUACAACAAAUGACAAAAAAGACAAAAUCGAAGAGGACGAUAUUAUUUAUCCAGAAGGUAUUAAUGACUAUCGUCCUUACAAAAUCAUUGCUCGCUAUCGACGAGCUGUUAGAAGAUUAGCCAAGACUGAACGACAGAAAGUGGACUUUCGUCGUGAACCUUUGCUCGUCGGUGAAAAAGAAACAGAAACAUUAGUACUUGGCCUAGAUAGUUUAGCAGAAGGACAUGGUUGUGAGCUGACAUUCACUAAUGAUGAUCAUCAAUUUGACAACAGUAUCUAUCGUGCAGCAUGCGGUGUAGUCGAUUUGGGUAGUAUUCAUACUUAUGCUCGUUCUGGCUUCUCAAAAGACAAAGUUCUUCGACAUGUUAUACCAGGAGAAUAUGAAUAUACAUGGAAACCAGCACUCAAAUUCUUGAAGCUGCAACCAAGUGAUCUCGCACCAGAACACAAUUUUGACUACAGAGAAUCUGGCGUAAUAGAAGAAGAUACGCGUGGAGGCUAUCCUUAUUACUUGCCAAUCGGCUGGUAUCGUCAUGCUCUUCGGGUUCUCGAUAAGUAUGAAAAAGAUCCCACUUGGAUUGGUCGUACAAAUGCAAAAGGUGAAUGGGCUGUCGCUUAUCAUGGAACGAAUACUAAUGCAGUGACUGGCAUCAUAAAACAUGGUCUACUAGUCAGUGCUAUCAAGCGUGAUGCAAUGCGCGACGAAGCUAUUGAACAAGGUGGAGAAGAUGCCGCUAGUCCAGGAGUGUAUGUGGCAACACAUUGUGAAGGCGGGGCAUAUCCUCAAUAUACUUUGCCUUUCACAGUGACAGUAUCUCCAUCCAAGUUCGAACGAUUCAGUUUAGUUUUUCAAUGUCGUGUGAAACCUGAGAAGUUCACUAUUCACAAAGCUCCUGUUACAACAGGCGAAGCGUGGCGUUUUGUUGAUCCAAAUUGUGUACGGCCCUAUGGAAUUUUACUGAAAAAGGAAGAUUGA